AUGGCUUCAGCCGUGUCCAACCUGGCCUCUUUUGAGUACCUAGAGAAGCUUCCUGGUAUAACAUUCAGAAAACUCUACCUCGAGCCCUCGACAGCGUUGGCUAUUUUCCGGCGCAUGCUUCCACAUCUGGCAAAGGCGUUUGUAAUGGCCUUGCUAUACAUGGAUAAACCAUUUCUUUUGACUGAUCUGGACCAAUGGGUUCAGUCAAAUGCGAAAAGACAGAGAGACGAAGCUCUAUCUACGCUAUCGAGGCUACAUAUUGUAACCAUCUCGGCCCCCAGCAGGCAGGAACCUCAAGUGGUCUCCUUAACGGAUGCAUUUAGAGUCUCCCUUCGGCUUGCCUUAACUGGCGGUGGCAAUCAUCAAUCUUUUGGCGUACCGUCCAGCGAUGCAAAAUCAGCCGGCAUAGAACUUGAGUUCCUCGAUGAAUAUGGAAGAACACAAUGGGAGGGCAUUCUACAUUACGUAGUGAGCACAGGACGCUCUGGUGCACAGCCAACUGCUGCAGUGCAGCAACUGCUUGAGGCAGGGAAUCUGGUAUCGCGUGGGAGGCGUUCGACUGAAAUAACUCAAGCCGGGUUCUCAUUUCUUCUGCAGGAGGUUAACGCGCAGGUCUGGACGCUGCUACUGCUGUGGCUGCACCAUGCAAAAGAGCUGGGUAUGGAUCAUGUCGAGAUUCUUUCUUUCUUCUUCAUGCUUGGAUCUCUUGAACUUGGAAAGGCGUACAGUAUCAAAACACUUAAACCGACUCAAAAGUCUAUGCUGGAAAACUUGGUGGACUUCGGUCUCGUGUAUAUUCCUCCCUCGGUGAAAGACCAAUUCUUCCCGACUCGACUAGCUACGACACUUACAUCCGACGCCAGUGCACUACGCAGCAUUACUGCUGGAUUCGAAAGCGCGCUGUCGACCGGGUCAGGUACCGCGGGCUUCAUCAUUAUCGAGACAAACUAUCGUCUGUAUGCAUAUACAGAUUCGCCUUUACAGAUUGCCGUUCUUGCACUGUUCACAAAGCUUACUACUAGGUAUCCAAAUAUGGUAACUGGCCGUGUAACACGAGAAUCGGUUUAUCGAGCGGUCUCUUCUGGAAUCAGUUCGGAUCAAAUCAUCACCUACUUGUCCACGCAUGCCCACCCAGAAUUACUGAAGGCUUCAGCUGCUAAGGGGGGAGGCCCGGUACUACCCCCGACAGUCGUUGAUCAGAUCAGGCUUUGGCAGAUCGAGAAUGAGCGUAUGAAAACGACUUAUGGCUUUCUUUUUAAGGACUUUGAGAGUACUGAUGAAUACAAGAAGCUUCUCAAGUAUGCAGACGAAAUUGGAGUCUUGACUUGGGCUUCGAAAACGGAGGAAAAGUUCUUUGUCAGCAAGGUUGAACAGUUGAAGGACUAUAUGAAGAGCUUGAAGGCCAAGUGA